CAACAGGUUUUUGACAUCCUACCGUUGUACAGCACGCUGCAUCCACACGAGACUCAGAAAAUUCAGUUUACCUUUUAUGGGCAUGCUAACAUUAGUUCCCAGGCUGUCGCACGUUGCUCGGUUUACGGUGGCCCUGACUAUGACAUUGAGCUGCUCGGUCAAGCCUCUUUGGUGCAGUACUUUUUUGAUCGACAGCUUGUGGAUUAUGGCAAGCAGGUGAGGACAAGAGCUGAUAUGAUAUUGAUAUUGAUGUUGAUUGAUUAUUGAUAUUGACCUUCUCUGUUGUUCGCAAAUCCGGCAAUGGCCCGUUCAGAUGUAGUGUUCAGAUAGUGUGUUCAGUAGGCGUUCAGAUAGUUGGGAGCGACGCGAAGUUAAGAAAGUGAGAGAACAGCGAGGGGAGACCGGGGAGAAAGGCGUUUUUAUUUUUUCGCGCCCCUUUUUACCUCGCGCCGCUCCGGAUUGUAUGAACGCCUGGGACAGGAAGUGAGCAAUCACUAACAGCCACGUUGCUACCAAAACCCUCCACUGACAGCCUAGACAAUCCUCUUACUGAUUUUAUCAGUGAACCGUCGAAACGUUGAUAUCCAAGUGAAAUCAAGUGAAUGUCACCACGUUAACGAUAUACUGUAGUAAGCUAUCAUACUCUAAACACGAUGAAAAAUAUCUUUUAUUUUAUAGUCAUUGUAUUUUAUGCAUUUUUUCUAAUUAUGUCUAUUCUCUAUUCAGCUGUUUGAUCAAGCAGCAGUCGCGGAGAUUGUUCUCCACAACACUGGCAAAGUGGGCUUGAAUUUUGUGGUCCUUAAUGUGGACAGUGGAAAUAAGCCCCUCCCUGGAGCCCCUAAUGUGUCUCCUAUUCAUGGGUACAUCAAGGCUCUUAGUCAACAGACUCUUACCAUCAGGUAUCUUCCUGGCGUGCCCGAGAAAUUCGAGAAGACAUUCCAGGUAAGACCUCAUCUGACCUUGCCUUUCUUCCAUUAG